AUGGGUUUCAAUGUAAUUAGGCUACUGAGCGGAUCAGCGGUAGCACUGGUGAUAGCCCCCACUGUCUUACUGACAAUGCUUUCUUCUGCUGAACGAGGAUGCCCUAAGGGCUGUAGGUGUGAAGGCAAAAUGGUCUAUUGUGAAUCUCAGAAAUUACAGGAGAUCCCCUCAAGUAUAUCUGCUGGCUGCUUAGGUUUGUCCCUCCGCUAUAACAGCCUUCAAAAACUUAAGUACAAUCAGUUUAAAGGGCUCAACCAGCUCACCUGGCUGUACCUUGACCAUAACCACAUCAGCAAUAUUGAUGAGAACGCUUUCAAUGGAAUACGCAGACUCAAGGAGUUGAUUCUGAGUUCCAACAGGAUCUCCUAUUUUCUCAACAAUACCUUCAGACCUGUGACCAAUCUACGGAACUUGGACCUGUCCUACAAUCAGCUGCAUUCUCUGGGAUCGGAGCAGUUUCGGGGCUUGAGGAAGCUGCUGAGUUUACAUCUGAGGUCCAACUCCCUGAGAACCAUCCCUGUGAGAAUAUUCCAGGACUGCCGCAACCUGGAACUUUUGGACCUGGGAUAUAACCGGAUCCGGAGUUUAGCCAGGAAUGUCUUUGCUGGCAUGAUCAGACUCAAAGAACUUCACCUGGAGCACAAUCAAUUUUCUAAGCUCAACCUGGCCCUUUUCCCGAGGUUGGUGAGCCUUCAGAACCUGUACUUGCAGUGGAAUAAAAUCAGUGUCAUAGGACAGACCAUGUCCUGGACCUGGAGCUCAUUACAAAGGCUCGACUUAUCAGGCAAUGAGAUCGAAGCUUUUAGUGGACCCAGUGUCUUCCAGUGUGUCCCGAAUCUGCAGCGCCUCAACCUGGAUUCCAACAAGCUCACAUUUAUCGGUCAAGAGAUUCUGGAUUCUUGGAUAUCCCUCAAUGACAUCAGUCUUGCCGGGAAUAUAUGGGAAUGCAGCAGAAAUAUCUGUUCCCUGGUGAACUGGCUGAAAAGUUUUAAAGGCCUGAGGGAGAAUACCAUCAUCUGCGCCAGCCCCAAAGAGCUGCAGGGAGUCAAUGUGAUCGAUGCCGUGAAGAACUACAGCAUCUGUGGCAAAAGUACCACGGAGAGGUUGGAUCUGGCCAGGGCGCUCCCAAAGCCCACGUUCAAGCCCAAGCUCCCCAGGCCGAAGCACGAGAGCAAGCCCCCCCUGCCCCCCACGGUGGGGGCCACGGAGCCCAGCCCAGAGACCGAUGCUGACACGGAGCACAUCUCCUUCCAUAAAAUCAUCGCAGGGAGCGUGGCCCUGUUCCUGUCCGUGCUCGUCAUCCUGCUGGUGAUCUACGUGUCCUGGAAGCGGUACCCGGCCAGCAUGAAGCAGCUGCAGCAGCGCUCCCUCAUGCGAAGGCACAGGAAAAAGAAAAGACAGUCCCUGAAGCAAAUGAACCCCAGCACCCAGGAAUUUUAUGUAGAUUACAAACCCACCAACACGGAGACCAGCGAGAUGCUGCUGAAUGGGACGGGACCCUGCACCUAUAACAAAUCGGGCUCCAGGGAGUGUGAGAUUCCUUUAUCAAUGAAUGUGUCAACCUUUCUGGCCUACGACCAGCCCACAAUAAGUUACUGUGGGGUGCACCAUGAACUUCUCUCUCAUAAGUCCUUUGAAACGACUGCACAGGACGAUACGAUGGAAACGCACCUAGAGACUGAGCUGGACCUGAGCACAAUCACAGCAGCCGGCCGCAUCAGUGACCAUAAACAGCAUCUGGCCUAA